GAACUGGCUAAAAUCGAGACGAGGAGUGAAGAGAACACUUGUGAGAAAAUGUGGAUGAAGACAGCAGUUAUAUACACAGGAGUUUUCCUAUUGCUUUGCUAUUAUGUUCCAGCCACAGGAAACCACCUUUCCAGCCCAUACUCAAAUAAAGAUCUCUCCAACUUAAAGGUUCUUCUUGAGCGCUACUUUGAAAACCUGGGUGAAGAGGAACCAGCUGAGAAUAUGGCAGAAUAUGAUGUUGCAUCUCAGGAUUUGGAUAACCAAGCCAGCUCUCCAUGGGACAGGGAAAAGGAAAAAGAGGGACAGUGGAAUAUGGGAGACUCUAGGAAACCAUUUGAUGGGUACAAAUCUGACAGCAGCCGACUCCGAGACCUCUUGCUAGCCCCGAGAAACAGCAGGGGCACUUCAGGGUGCUUCGGAUCAAGAAUCGAUCGAAUAGGUUCUUCAAGUUCCUUGGGAUGUGGUGGCAUGAAAAAAGGUUAGAAAAGAACACUGAAGAUUACACAAGAAUAUGCUAACUUUCUGCACAACUUAUUCCUUCUGUUACACCAGAAAUUUUUUUGGCCAAACUGUCUUCAGUAUAUCCUCACAUAGUUUAUUGAUUGUCAUAUCAUUGCAAGUGUUCAUAUGUUUUGGUUAAAUGUUUAAUUGAAAUAAAAUCUAACAAAAUA